AUGUCUUCAGGUGGAAGUGAUAAUGAAUUUGAAAAAGGAAAUGCUGAACACUCUGGAGUAUAUCCAUGCCAAUGUUCUGCUUUAAGAAAAGGUGGUUAUGUUGUUAUUAAAGGAAGACCAUGCAAAGUUUUUGAAAUGUCAACCUCAAAGACUGGAAAACAUGGACACGCUAAAGUCACAUUUGCUGGUUAUGAUAUUUUUACUGGAAAGAGACUUGAUGAUUCUUGUCCAUCAACUCAUAACGUUGAAGUCCCAGAAGUAAAGAGAACAGAAUUCUCACUUAUUGGUGUUAAUGAUGGAUAUGCAUCACUCCUUCUUGAUAAUGGAGAAACAAGAGAUGAUCUGAAACUCCCAGAAGGUGAAAUGGGACAAAAGAUUCAAGCUGAUUAUGAUGAUGGAAAAGAACUCAUUGUUGCUGUUCAAUCUGCUAUGGGAAUGGAAGCCAUUAUUGAUUAUAAAGAAGCUAAAGACUAA